AUAUAGGCGUCUUAAGAGAACUUGAGCCUCUGCAAUGGUGAACUACACACCAGCGAAGAAAGGAGAGGGGAAAAGAUGAGAAGAGAAACCAACAAACAAAUUUGAGCAAUAUUUUAAUCUUUGUUUUCUCGAGUUUCGUAGUUUUGCUGAAAUCAGACGUUAUUCAGGCUAUUUGUGGCCUUCCCUCUAUAUAAACCCCUUUUCUAAUCCUUGAGUCGACAGUCGAACAGUUGCCAACUUUCUCUUUUUUCUGUUAAAAUGAUUAUGAAUGUGGAGAACAAUAUGGAAGGAGUGGUGAGGGUGAGAGAGUUUGAUCCAAACAGAGAUGGAUUAAGCGUUGAACAAGUGGAGAAUAGAUGCGAGGUUGGCCCCAGCGGCAAACUCUGUUUGUUCACCGACCUCUUGGGUGAUCCUAUUUGCAGGGUCCGCCAUUCUCCUGCUUUUCUAAUGCUGGUGGCUGAGAUAGGCGAUGAAAUAGUUGGCAUGAUAAGAGGCUGCAUCAAAACGGUUACAUGUGGCAAAAGACUCUCUCGAAACGGCAAAAGUAAUAACAAUAAACCUCUCCCUGUUUACACCAAACUCGCCUACAUAUUAGGCCUCCGCGUCUCCCCCGCUCACCGGCGGAUGGGAAUCGGUUUGAAGCUUGUUAAGAGAAUGGAGGAGUGGUUCAGAGAGAGUGGCGCUGAGUAUUCAUAUCUCGCUACCGAAAACGACAACGACGCUUCCGUCAAGCUGUUCACUGGCAAAUGUGGUUACUCGAAGUUUCGAACACCGUCUAUCCUGGUCAACCCGGUCUACGCUCACCAAGUUGCCGUUCCGAAACAGGUGACGAUCAUUCAACUCGGUGCUUACGAGGCCGAGCUUUUUUACCGUCGAAAAUUUGCUACCACCGAGUUCUUCCCUCGCGACAUUGACUCGGUGCUGAAAAACAGGCUUAGCUUGGGAACCUUUUUAGCGGUGCCACGUGGCACUUACUCACCCAAGACGUGGCCCGGGUCGGAUGUGUUUUUAUUGAAUCCGCCAGAGUCGUGGGCGGUGAUGAGUGUUUGGAACUGUAAUGACGUUUUUAAACUUGAGGUACGUGGCGCGUCAAGCGUGAGGCGUACGCUGGCCAAAACAACGCGGAUUCUGGAUCGAGUUUUGCCUUGGUUGAAAAUACCAUCCAUACCUCAGCUGUUUAGGCCGUUUGGAUUACAUUUUAUUUAUGGCUUAGGUGGCGAAGGCCCACGCGCGGUGAAGUUGGUGAAAGCAUUGUGUGGUUACGCGCAUAACCUGGCAAAAGACCGUGGGUGCGGGGUGGUGGCUACGGAGGUAGCAAGUGAGGACCCGCUCAAGCGAGGAAUCCCACACUGGAAAGCGCUAUCGUGCGCCGAGGACUUAUGGUGCAUCAAAAGACUCGGAGAAGACUACAGUGACGGCUCUGUCGGUGAUUGGACUAAAUCACCCCCUGGAUUGUCCAUUUUUGUUGACCCAAGAGAGUUCUAAUAGAAUCUUAAAAAAAUAAUUAGAGAAAAAGCAAAAUACAUUAGAAAAUGCCUUUUAAUGGGUUUUUAGUAAUAGUUUUUUUUUAAUGCAUAAUUAGACUUUUAAAAAAAAAAAAAAAAAAAAGAGAAAGGGGUUUAGUGAUACGGGGAAGAAUGAGAAGAUAUGGAAUUUUGAUAAAAAAGAAUAUCCCCACUAGUUUGUUUUAUAUUUUCUUAAUGGAAUUGGCUUUAUAGAUCCUCUUGUAGCCAAACGUCGCCCUAGUUCAUGUUGAAAUGAAAAAUCUUUUUGCUUA